UGCAGUAGACUAAAUUGUGUGAAGUGCUGCUUCACCUGGAAUGUAUGUUUGGACCCCUGGAUACCGAGGAGGGAGGAGGAUCAGAAUUCUCUGGUUGAGCCAGGUCCAGGUCCAAGCCAAACUUCGAAUACCUGUCCAAACCCUGGCAACAACUACAAUAACAAUUCACAGCAAGCAGCAAUAAAGCAGCAGUUGAUUGAGAAGAAACAGGUCAUGCAGCGGCACCUAUUGGAGCAACAGAAACAGCUGCUUCUUCGUCAACAAAUUCUUGCAGAUCCGGAGAAAAUGAACACACAGGAUCAACCUAGCAGGCAUUUGACUAGGCCACCUCCAGAUUAUAAAGAACAAAGGCGAAAUCUAGUUGGAAUUCCACAGCCAAGUCAGUUUCCAGGUGCUGCAGCUGCAAUGCGAUUAAACUCCUCUCAACCUCUGUCAAGCCCUGCUCCAAAUCAUCGGAGAGUGCCUUCAAACUCCAGCAUUUUGCAGGUGAAUCCAGCAAGCAGCCAAGGACCUAGAAUGCCUCCUAUUUCGGGAACUCAAAGUGACAGAAGCACAGGAAUAUACAGUAGUGUGUCACCUUCUCAGCAGGGAGUGUAUACCAUUUCUUCCAGUAUUAAUCAAUUGCAGCAUCGCACAAGUCAAAGUCAAAUGGGAAUGACACAGAUCAAUGUAGCAGUGCCAAGGCAGUCAACCUUGGGUCAAGGGACUACAGUGUCAGGGUUUGGUACUGGGUCUGUUGGAAGUUCUGCCAUGUCACAGCAGCAGUUAAGACCGGUUCUGAACCACAUAAAUACCAGUAUGUCUGCAGAGAGACUUACAAAUAUGAUGUCCAACUUCAGUAUGGCACCGCUGAACUGGACGCCACCCGGAGUGCAGGUAACUCUAAAACCGACACAAUUGGGACCUAACAUAAGAUUCUCUAAUAAUGCUUCCUUUCCAAAUCAAUCAGUGCAGUCUAAUAUGUCCAAUCAACAUUUUUCUCAGCGAGGCAUGGCACCACCACCAAACCAGAUAGCUCCUGGAGUUCAGAUACGAACUUUGAGUCAAAUGAACCAAACUAGAAAUGCACAGACCAUAAGCUCACUGAGUGGGCCAUCUCCAAGAGUUAAUCAGCCAAGGCCACAACCACAAGCUAUAUCUGUAAUGAAUCAGACAGCAGCAAGCCUGGUUGUAAUGAACCAGGCGUCAGCUGUGCAAACAUUGCCCACAACCAAUUUUUCUUCCACCAACCAGAAUCCUCAAGGUUACCAGGGAACAAAUCACAACAGUGACUUGGCAUUUGACUUUCUCAACCAACAAGCUGAUAAUGCACUAUCUGGACUCAGCGGUGACUCAGAUUUCCUUGACUCAUUGAUAAAACAUAGCACUGGCAAUGAUGACUGGAUGAAAGACUUAAAUCUGGAUGAAAUUUUGGGGCAACAUUCAUGAAAAAUUCUGAGGAUUGUCAAAUGUUAUCUAUCUGUGGAAAUGUACUCAAGGACAGAAUUUAUCAGCGCCUGUAGCUAGUUGACACAAAGCCCACAGGAAAUCGCAGGUGUGCACAGUUGUGCCCGAAUGGAUACAGUUUGCCGAAUGGACUUGCACCAGUACAUCCUCAAUAUGAAAUGUCUAUUAUUGUGCUCAAAAUAUGUAGAUUUUAUGUGCUUAGGUAUUUUGUAAAAUAUGUUUUUUUAACUGAAAAUCAUAUUCUCUGUAAGAAGAUUAUAUUUAUACAUUUUUUCUGAAAUAAGUUCUGUGAAUCACUGUAGUGAAAUUUGUUUACUUACAAAAAUUAAAUUGUACAUGUUUGUUUUCAGUAAUAGUUUUAAAUUGACUUAUGUUAGAUCAGUGAUCUACUUAUUGGUUUCAAAUG